AUGAAGCAUACUGCUCAUUCUUUCAGACACGCAAUACAAAAAUCACGAUUAGUUCCGCAUACAAUAAUGACCGACAAUGGAACUGAAUACGUGGAAAGAGACUUUGAACAAAUCUGCUCAGACUACCAGAUCAAGCACAAUACCACUCAUCCGUACACACCGGAAGAGAAUGGUAAAAUCGAAAGAUGCUGGGAGACUUUGUUCAAAGCCAAUCCCGGAGUUCAACCAUUGGAGUUUAUACCAAAAGUUAUACAAGAGUACAAUGAAGUUUGGAAACAUUCUUCAUUGGAAAAAAAUUUUGGAGAGAAAUUAAUUCCUCUACAAGUUUGGAAUCGCGAAGCAAAAUGGACAAAGGAACUAUAUCCCGAGCCUACUAUAAUCAUCGAGAAAAGAGUUUGA